CCUCCAGGUUCACACGUCAAUGUUAUCGCUUCUUUUCGUAAUUUAAAGUUAUAAAGAUGUGUUGAAGUAGAUGUUAUUGAAUUACUCAGUUUAACGUACUUAAAAUCAUACAUCCAAGUAUAACUAUAUAGUGUAAACGUUUUACUAUGGCGAUAGAAUAUGAUGCACUACUACAGAAGCUUGGAGGAUUUGGGAGAUAUCAGAAAGUUCUUUUGGUUGUAUUAUUCUUUCCUGCCAUUUUCGAUGCUAUGCAAGGCUUUCUUCCGAACUUCAUUUUAGCUGAACACAAACACAGAUGUAAAAUUCCAUAUGAACAAGACAGCUAUGAACGAAACGUCACACUUCAUCCAGUCUACAAUGUAUCAACAUGUUCUGUACACUACAAUGGAACAAUUCAGAGGUGUACAGAAUGGGUUUACGAUCAAUCCAUUUUUACAGACAGUCUGAUAUCAUCAUUGAACAUUGUAUGUGAUGACAAAGAAUGGCGAGAACACUUAAUUCUAGCAGCCUUAUUAGGAAUGUUCUUUGGAAACAUUGGUAACAACUUGAUGUCAGAUUUGUAUGGAAGAAAAUUAACAGUUUAUUUAGACCUGAUAAUAUACACUAUUGGGAGUGUACCACUACCAUGGACUGAAAACAGAAUAGCCCUUCUAUUCCUGAGGUUUCUUGCAGGCGUUGGUGGAGUGGGAUAUUACCAGAUCGCUUUUAUUUUAGGAACGGAACAAGUAUCACCUCAAUACAGAGUAGCUGUGAAUUUUCUGGAGCAUUUUAUAUUUACAAUAGGCCAGUUUAUUCUAUGUCUUGUGGCGUAUUACCUACGAGAUUGGCAUUACCUAGCAAUGGCAUGCGGUAUGCCAUUCCUCAUCACUAUUUUCCAUUGGUUUUUAAUUUCCGAAUCGCCAAGAUGGUUGUUAGCCAAGGGAAGAAACAAAGAAGCAAUCGAAAUUCUGAAGAAGGCAGCAAAGAUGAACAAAGUAGAGCUAGAUUUCGAGUCAGAUGAAAUAAAAAUCCAAGAAGAACAUGCUGAACCAUUUCUUAAAUCUUUUAAAGCUUUAUUUGGUUCAUUUAGACUGGUUAGACGUUUACUUAUUCUGGCAUUCUGUUUUUUUGCUGUUAACCUGACUUAUUAUGGAAUAAGCUUGAACAUUGGAAUUCUGGGAGGAAAUAUCUAUAUCAACUUUGCUAUUUCUACGCUGAUGGAAUUGCUUGGUGUGACGUUUUCACUCAUCACGCUGAACAGAUUUGGUAGAAAGAAGAUGCAUUGUAUCUCAUUACUGAUUGGUGGGACUAGUUGUCUCUGUACUAUAUUUACAUCAUUAUAUGCGUCUAAAGAUCUUCAUUGGAUAACCAUUGCUUUGGCAAUGAUUGGUAAACUAGCGGUGACCAUUAAUUUCUUUGUGGUUUACACGUUCACUGCAGAACUGUUCCCUACCGUGCUACGAGGUGUGGCUAUGGGUAUGUGUAGUACUACUGGUAGAAUUGGUACAGUUUCGUCUGCAUACAUAGGUGCAUUGGGAAAAAAUCUUGAAACAGAUUUCGGAAGUGCUUUACCACUUAUUAUAUUUGGAUCUGUUGGUUUGAUUGCUGGCAUCACCAGUCUUAUAUUACCAGAAACAACAGCCAAAUCUUUACCAGAAACUGUAGAUGAUGCUGCUACACUGGACAAUAAUAGUGAUGACCCAAAGAACGCUGCAGGUUCUGCCUCAGAAAUGCAUCCAAAAUAUUCUACACGUUUGUAAUUCAGAGUCCACCCAAACAAGAUGCAAGUUUUAGGGGGAAUGGAUACACCACAUUGUACAAAAUUAUAAUCUAUCGUAUGCUGUUCAACAAAAGUUUCAGAGCAUAAAAACAUCAUGAAUAGUUCGUAAAUAUAUAACUGACUUUUACUUAUUUUCAUAAAAAAUAUAGUCAUAAUAACUAUUAUACAUUUGAGCUGUUUUUAGAAACUACGAUUUCUCUGAUUGAGAAGGAAAGUACUUUCAAAAAGUUAUGAGUUUGUUGCGCGAUUUUAACUAUAAAGUGCGAAGUACAAUGAUUACCUGAUUUAGCACCCAUUUGAGAUCGUUUUUAUGACUUGAAAUCGAACAGUUAUAAGUUCUUCUUGUGUAUCUUUCAUUAAAUAUAUCAUGUAUAUGCUAUUA